AAAUACAGGGGGUGCCGUACAAGACCUCCACACUCUCUCUCUCUCUCUCUCAUACACACACUGUUCUGCCACACAUCACACCCAGCAGUUGCAACAGUGCUGCAGUUCGGCCUGCAGACGGAGAAAAAUGGUUGAAUCUUUUUUUAUUUAAAAACCCAAAAAGGGAUUCAAUUCAACACCAAAAGAAGUCCCAUAUUAAAUUAUCUGAUUUUUUUGGGUAUUAAUUUCCAUUUUCUUUUUCUCACCUCCCAAAUUGUAAAAGCUUUUGAGCUUUUGAUUUGAUACCCAAAAGCCCGUCCAAAAGAAAAAUAAUAAAAGUUAAGAAUUAAGCAGAAAAGAGAGAGAAGUGCUUUUCCGAGCUUCUUUUAGCUAAGUGCUAUCAAACCCAUCUCUCAAAAUGCAGGAGAAUUGAAACCUCCUCUACGCCCUUUUUUCUUUUCUCCAUAUUAUAAACAAGCUUAAGCAGAAGCAGAAGCAAAAAGCAAAAAAGCAAAGUGCUUUUCUCCUUCUUCUUCUUCCUCUUUCGCUUGUUGGGUCCUUACAGUUUCUGUUUAAUUUCACAUGGCGGGUCUAAUUGAUCUGAACAGUGCGACUGAGGACGAACAAACGCCAUCGUCCGGCUCGCCGUCUUCGGCUUCCUCUGUUUCGGACGCUCUGGGUUCUUCCGCGUCAGUGUGCAUGGAGCUCUGGCACGCCUGCGCUGGCCCACUGAUUUCGCUGCCGAAGAAAGGGAGUGUGGUGGUGUAUCUGCCGCAGGGCCACCUGGAGCAAGUCUCGGAUUUUCCGACCUCGGCUUAUGAUCUCCCGCCCCACCUCUUCUGUCGGGUUGUCGAUGUCAAGCUCCAUGCUGAGACUGGCACUGACGAUGUCUUCGCUCGGGUUUCCCUUGUUCCUGAAAGUGAGGAAAUUGAGCACAGAUUGCGGGAAGGGGAAACCGAUGCAGAUGCCGAGGACGACGUUGAGGCAAUGGGGACGUCAACCACACCCCACAUGUUCUGCAAAACCCUUACUGCUUCCGAUACUAGCACUCACGGAGGCUUCUCUGUGCCUCGUCGUGCUGCCGAGGAUUGCUUUCCUCCCCUGGAUUACACUCAACAAAGGCCUUCCCAAGAGCUUGUAGCAAAGGAUCUGCAUGGCCUGGAGUGGAGGUUCCGACAUAUCUAUAGGGGGCAGCCACGGAGGCAUUUGCUCACCACUGGAUGGAGUGCGUUUGUGAACAAGAAGAAGCUCGUCUCUGGAGAUGCGGUGCUGUUUCUUAGGGGUGACGAUGGAGAACUGAGGCUCGGAAUUAGAAGGGCAGCCCAGUUUAAAAGUUCUGCUACUUGUCCAACUCUUUGUAGCCAGCAAUUGAACUAUAGCGCUAUCACCGAUGUGGUGAAUGCUAUAUUCGCAAAGAAUGCUUUUAAUGUGUACUACAAUCCAAGGUCCAGCUCUUCUGAAUUCAUAAUACCUUCCCAUAAGUUUUUGAGGAGCCUUGAUCAUUGUUUUUCUGCUGGAAUGAGGAUCAAAAUGCGUUUUGAAACUGAAGAUGCAGCAGAGCGAAGAUACACUGGGUUUAUAACGGGGAUUAGUGAAUUGGAUCCUGUAAGAUGGCCUGGUUCAAAAUGGAGAUGCCUGGUUGUCAGGUGGGAAGAUAUAGACACAAGUAAGCAUGGCAGGGUUUCCCCAUGGGAAGUUGAGUCAUCUGGUUCUGUUUCUAGUUCCCAUACCCUAAUGGCAACAGGCUUGAAGCGGUCCAGGAUUGGUUUGUCUGCAACAAAACCAGAAUGUCCAGUUCCUAAUGGUGGGAUUGGAACAUCAGACUUUGGGGAAUCUUUAAGGUUCCAGAAGGUCUUGCAAGGUCAAGAAAUUUCGGGGUUUGAUACUCCUUUCAGUGGUUUAGGUGGUCUGAAUUCGCAUCCAUCUGAAGCAAGGAGAGUCUUCCACGGUUCCGGUGGUUCUGGGAUUGCUGCUGGAGGUAAUGGUCUCAGACAGUCACUUGUGGAUUCUGAGAUUGCCUCAAAAGGCAUAGGCUUUGGUGAAUCAUUCCGAUUCCAUAAGGUCUUGCAAGGUCAAGAAAUACUUCCAAGCUCACCUUAUGGAAGAGCUCCCGCUUCUAACGAAGCUCAUGAAUAUGGUGGACCUGGAAUCUAUGAUGGUUUUCAGGUGCCUGGCUUUAGGAAUGGAUGGUCCACCAUGAUGCAGAGCAAUAAUACACACGUGCACUCAUCUGCCCCAUCUGUGCAAGUUUCAUCACCAUCGUCUGUGUUAAUGUUCCAGCAAGCAAUGAAUCCAGUUGUGGAAUUCAACUCGGUAUACAAUGGCUAUAACCAAGAGGACCAUAGAAUAAAUCGGACUCCACAUGUCUCUGAACACGAUGGUGGAAGGCAAACGUCAUCCUCAUUUGGUGAACGUAACUUCAGCAGGGAAGAUCGUGGAGGCACGCAUUCUUACAAUCAGCAUGGUAUUUCACCUCAUCCAGGUAUAAGUCAAUCAACAAUUAGUGGCAGCCAGGAUUCUGUUUCACCAGUCAAAGGUAGCUGUAGACUCUUUGGUUUCUCAUUGUCCGAGGACAAAUGUGUCCCGGAUCAAGAGGGCAACCCCAAUGUUGGAGUGCAGUUUCAUUCAAAGCCUCCUUUGAUGACUUCAACAGUUGGAAUAACCUGUACUAAAGAUUGGGCUUUUGACUGGCGCGGAGAAAGGAUGGAAAGCUGUUUACAAGGAUAGUGAUCAUCCUGUGCUUGUUGCAGAUGAUCCGAGGCAGUAACGAGCAAUGUUACUGUAAUAUCAAUAGUUUUGCGUUGUACCGAUGAAGAAAACUCUCUUAACAGGCGGGAGGUUUUCUUCGGGAUUAUGUGUGCUGUCAUUUAUGUAACUGAAUUUUGAGGCAAAAGUUGUAACUAAGCGCUUCAAGGGACUUUGAUUUGUAUUGUUAAUUCAGCUUUGAGAACAAAAGUUUGUAGAAUCUAUAUUUAAUAUUGCUUAACCCUCAUAUGUAAACCUGUUGAAAGAGGGCUUAUCUGCUAAGGCACAAUGCUCCGAUGUAUAACAUUUCUUUAUUUUGAAACUA